AUGGCGGGUGCCAAUGGAGCGGAGGACGAGACGAACGCGCGGCUGGGCGUGCACGUGGAGGACCUGAGCCGCGAUGCACCGCCCAACCCGUUCCUGUUCCCGCGCAGCUUCCUGAGCAUGCACCUGCUGCACGACAAGGUGGGUAUCCACCCGUUCCUGCCCGCGUACCCGCCGCAGAUCCUGCAGUGGCAGCAGCCCAACCCCAUCACCGAGUCGUGCGCCGGCAAGUUCUUCCUCUCGGCCGCCAUGGGCUACGUCAUGGGCAACGUGUUCGGACUCGUGCUGGGCAGCUAUGAAGGCAUCACGCCGCCCGUGCCGCUCCCCGGACAGCGCGAGCUGCCCAAAGUACCGUGGCGCGAGUCGAUGUCAAAUUCUUGGCGAGUCACAGCUGGCAAGUGUCGUUACUGGGGCAACAACUUCCUCGUCAUUUCCGCCAUGUUUUCGGGUCUCGAGUGCGCGUCGGAGAAGAUUCGCGGACGUCACGACGUGGGCAACGAGCUGGUGGCGGGUUGCGCGACGGGUGCGGCGCUGGCAGCAGGGCAGGGCUUCCAGGCGCAAUGUCUUGG